AUGCGUCUUUUAGAGAUGAAAAGCCCGGGCGAAUUCAGCCUGAUCCAUGUUGCCACCCAUGAUACCCUUCCCUACGCAAUCCUUUCACAUACUUGGACAGAUCAAGAGGUCACAUAUAAAGAUCUAAUAAGUGGUACUGGGAAAAGCAAGUCUGGCUACGAAAAGAUCAAGUUUUGUGGAGAACAAGCGGCUAAAGAUGGCCUUCGAUAUUUCUGGGUGGACACUUGUUGUAUUGACAAGUCGAAUCUUACUGAGCUUUCGGAGGCUAUUAAUUCUAUGUUCCGCUGGUAUCGAAAUGCGAAGAAAUGCUAUGUAUAUCUCACGGAUGUAUCGACCCCUGGCGAUGACGUAUAUGUCCAAGCAAACCAGAGCACGUGGGAAGUAGCCUUUCGGAGUAGUAGAUGGUUUACUAGAGGCUGGACACUUCAAGAACUUAUUGCUCCAGCGGAAGUCGAAUUCUUCUCUCAAGAGCGCAAGCUACUUGGUGACAAAAGGUCACUCGAAAAACCAAUUUAUGAGAUUACCCGAAUUCCAUUUCAGGCUCUGCGAGGGGAUCCUUUCUCUGAUUUUAGUAUCGCUGAGCGGAAAAGAUGGGUAGCACAACGCCAGACAACCGAAGAAGAAGACCUGGCUUACUGCCUGUUAGGCCUCUGCGAGGUGUCUAUGCCACUAAUCUAUGGCGAGGGAAAGGAGGUCGCACUGAAAAGGCUCGAAAUGACCGUCAAGUUGUUCUCCACUAACGAGAGCGAGCCGAAAGAUCUUAAAGAUAAUACCGCUUCAUUUAUUGUCCCAUUCGGCAGAAAUCUCAACUUUAUCGGUCGUGGAACACAGCUUACCGAGGUGGAAGCAAAACUAUUUACAGGAGGUCGAAUGACAAAAGUUGCCAUCACAGGGCUCGGGGGAAUAGGCAAGACCCAGUUGUUGCUUGAACUUGUCUAUCGAAUAAGGGAUAGAUAUAAGGAUUGCUUAGUGAUCUGGAUACCCGCAACCAAUACGGAAAGUCUUCAUCAAGCAUAUCGAGAAGUUGCCCGCCAACUCAAGAUCCCUGGCUCGGACGAGGAUAAGGCUGAUGCAAAGAAACUCGUGCAAAAUUAUCUGAGCAAAGAAAGCGUAGGUCGGUGGCUCUUAGUUUUCGAUAAUGCUGACGAUGUCAAUAUGUGGAUCACUGUAUCUAGGUCAGGAUCUGGCCGUCUAAUCGACUGCCUCCCACGAAGUGAGCAAGGAUGUAUCGUCUUCACAACGCGCGACAGAAAGACUGCCGUUAAGCUUGCACACCAAAAUAUCGUAGAGGUACCAGAGAUGGGCGAAGACGUAGCGAUACAGCUGCUCCAGAAGUGUUUAGUUGAUCCAGAUCUGGUUAACAAUAGACCAGAUACAACGGCCCUACUAAAAGAGCUCACAUACCUUCCACUUGCUAUUGUUCAGGCAGCAGCAUAUAUUAACGAGAAUGGGAUUGCGUUCGCGGAUUAUCUAUCCCUCCUUGCAGAGCAAGAAGAGGAUGUUAUUGAUCUCCUUAGCGAGGAGUUUGAAGACGACGGGAGAUACGAUAAUAUAAAAAACCCUGUGGCUACAACAUGGCUCAUCUCGUUUGAACAGAUACGGUAUCGGGACCCUCUUGCAGCCGACUACCUAUCGUUUAUGGCAUGUAUAGACCCCAAGGAUAUUCCCCAGUCUCUUCUUCCGGCAGGAAGGUCUCGAAAAAAGGAGAUAGAUGCAAUUGGGACACUUGACGCUUACUCGUUUAUUAUUAAGCGAGUGGCAGACCAAGCUCUUGAUCUUCACCGACUAGUGCAUCUCGCAACGAGAAAUUGGCUUCAGCAAAAUGAUCUGAUCACCCAAUGGACCGAAAGGGCGAUUAUACGAUUAGAGGAAGUAUUCCCAAACGAUGACCACCAAAAUAGAACUACAUGGAGGACGUAUUUGCCACAUAUGGGGAAACCCGGAUUGCUCUGUCGCGGAGAUUUGGGGCGUGUCUCCUUAGUGAUGGACGAUAUAAUGAGGCUGAGGUACCGAGGCCGAAGACUUGGAGGUGCAAGUGAUGGAGACGAGAAAGAGGGUGUUAGGGCAGGAGCAUCCAGACACGCUGACCAGCAUGGCCAACUUGGCUUCGACAUUUUGGAAUCAGGGACGCUGGAAGGAGGCCGAAGACUUGGGGGUGCAAGUGAUGGAGACGAGUUUGAGGGUGUUAGGGCAGGAGCAUCCAGACACGCUGACCAGCAUGGCCAACUUGGCUUCGACAUACCGGAAUCAAGGACGCUGGAAGAGGGCCGAAGACUUGGAGGUGCAAGUGAUGGAGACGAGAAAGAGGGUGUUAGGGCAGGAGCAUCCAGACACGCUGACCAGCAUGGCCAACUUGGCUUCGACAUUUUGGAAUCAGGGACGCUGGAAGGAGGCCGAAGACUUGGGGGUGCAAGUGAUGGAGACGAGUUUGAGGGUGUUAGGGCAGGAGCAUCCAGACACGCUGACCAGCAUGGCCAACUUGGCUUCGACAUACCGGAAUCAAGGACGCUGGAAGAGGGCCGAAGACUUGGAGGUGCAAGUGAUGGAGACGAGUUUGAGGGUGUUAGGGCAGGAGCAUCCUUCCACGCUGACCAGCAUGGCCAACUUGGCUUCGACAUACCGGAAUCAAGGACGCUGGAAGAAGGCCGAAGACUUGGAGGUGCAAGUGAUGGAGACGAGUUUGAGGGUGUUAGGGCAGGAGCAUCCAGACACGCUGACCAGCAUGGCCAACUUGGCUUCGACAUUUUGGAAUCAGGGACGCUGGAAGGAGGCCGAAGACUUGGGGGUGCAAGUGAUGGAGACGAGUUUGAGGGUGUUAGGGCAGGAGCAUCCUUCCACGCUGAUCAGCAUGGCCAACUUGGCUUCGACAUACCGGAAUCAAGGACGCUGGAAGAAGGCCGAAGACUUGGAGGUGCAAGUGAUGGAGACGAGUUUGAGGGUGUUAGGGCAGGAGCAUCCAGACACGCUGACCAGCAUGGCCAACUUGGCUUCGACAUUUUGGAAUCAAGGACGCUGGAAGGAGGCCGAAGACUUGGAGGUGCAAGUGAUGGAGACGAGUUUGAGGGUGUUAGGGCAGGAGCAUCCAAACACGCUGACCAGCAUGGCCAACUUGGCUUCGACAUACCAGAAUCAGGGACGUUGGAAGGAGGCCGAAGACUUGGAGGUGCAAGUGAUGGAGACGAGAAAGAGGGUGUUAGGGCAGGAGCAUCCAGACACGCUGAUCAGCAUGAAUAA